UAAUUUAAUGUGUCAUCACAGGUUCAUUUGGGCAGCAACUACGUCAUCUCAUGGGUUCCCUGGGGGAGGGGAACCACACUGCAGUGACAGAGUUCAUUUUACUGGGCUUAACAAAUGACCCAACCCUUCAAACCGUCCUCUUCGUGAUCAUCCUGUGUAUCUACCUGGUGACCAUAUGUGGCAAUCUCAGCACAAUCAUUCUUGUCAGACUCUCUCCUCAGCUCCAUCAUCCCAUGUAUUUUUUCCUGAGCCACUUGGCUUUUGUUGACAUGGGCUAUUCAUCUUCUGUCACACCCAGUAUGCUUGUAAAUUUCCUGGCGGACAGAAACGCCAUCUCCUAUCCUGGAUGUGCCGUCCAGCUUGGUUCAGUUGUUUUCUUUGGGUCAACGGAGUGUUUCCUUCUGGCUGCCAUGGCAUAUGACCGCUUUGUGGCCAUCUGCAACCCACUGCUCUAUUCCACGAAGAUGUCCACACAAGUCUAUGUUCAGUUACUCACAGUGGCUUAUAUAUGUGGUUUUCUCAAUGCUUGCUCUUUUAUUGUUUGCUUCUAUUCUUUACUCUUCUGUGGACCAAAUCGAGUCAAUCACUUUUUCUGUGAUUUUGCCCCCUUGCUGGAACUCUCCUGCUCUGACGUCACUGUUCCUGCAGUUGUCCCCUCAUUUACAGCUGGCUCCAUCAUUGCGGUCACAGUGGUUGUCAUAGCCAUUUCCUACAUCUACAUCCUCAUCACUGUCCUGAAGAUGCCCUCCACUGAGGGAAGACACAAGGCCUUCUCCACCUGCACCUCCCACCUCACCGCGGUAACUCUGUACUAUGGAACCAUCACCUUCAUUUACACGAUGCCCAAGUCCAGCUACUCCACUGACCAGAACAAGGUGGUGUCUGUGUUCUACAUGGUGGUGGUCCCCAUGCUGAACCCCCUCAUCUACAGCCUCCGGAACAAGGAGGUUAAGGGGGCUCUGAAGAGACAGCUGUGUUAAAAACUUUUAACUUCUUGUUCUGUGCAUCCAUUCUCCUCCCAAGUUGUUUGAUCAUAUUUACGAUCAUUACUCUGGACUCUUUGGUGGAUUGCCUGUCUCCAGCUCACUUCAGUUCUUCUUCCUUCAUCUGGAGCACAUUCCUUUGCCCCCUCAUUCUCAGGUGUGAUUUGUGUUUUUAUGCCUGUGGUAUGUUCGUUGUGUUUAUUGACCUUGGAGAGGUGCCCCUCUUUAGGAGGCAUCCUGUGUUUCCCAGGAGUGUACUCCCCUCUUGUCACCCAAGACUGU